AUGGAGACCCCGUCCCAGCGGCGCGCCACCCGCAGCGGGGCGCAGGCCGGCUCCACGCCGCUGUCGCCCACCCGCAUCACCCGGCUGCAGGAGAAGGAGGACCUGCAGGAGCUCAACGACCGCCUGGCCGUCUACAUCGACCGCGUGCGCUCGCUGGAGACGGAGAACGCGGGCCUGCGCCUCCGCAUCACCGAGUCCGAGGAGGUGGUCAGCCGCGAGGUGUCCGGCAUCAAGGCCGCCUACGAGGCCGAGCUCGGCGAUGCCCGCAAGACCCUCGACUCGGUGGCCAAGGAGCGCGCCCGCCUGCAGCUGGAGCUGAGCAAAGUGCGCGAGGAGUUCAAGGAGCUCAAAGCGCGCAAUACCAAAAAGGAGGGAGACCUGAUGGCCGCCCAGGCCCGCCUCAAGGACCUGGAGGCUCUGCUCAACUCCAAGGAGGCCGCGCUGAGCACGGCGCUCAGCGAGAAGCGCACGGUGGAGAGCGAGCUGCACGACCUGCGGGGGCAGGUGGCCAAGCUGGAGGCCGCCCUGGGGGAGGCCAAGAAGCAGCUCCAGGAUGAGAUGCUGCGACGGGUGGACGCGGAGAACAGGCUGCAGACGCUGAAGGAGGAGCUGGACUUCCAGAAGAACAUCUACAGCGAGGAGCUGCGUGAGACCAAGCGCCGCCACGAGACCCGGCUGGUGGAGAUCGACAAUGGGAAGCAGCGGGAGUUUGAGAGCCGGCUGUCGGACGCCCUGCAGGAGCUGCGGGCCCAGCACGAGGACCAGGUGGAGCAGUACAAGAAGGACCUGGAGAAGACCUACUCUGCCAAGCUGGACAACGCCAGGCAGUCCGCCGAGAGGAACAGCAGCCUGAUGGGGGCGGUGCACGAGGAGCUGCAGCAGUCCCGCAUCCGCAUCGACAGCCUCUCGGCCCAGCUCAGCCAGCUGCAGAAGCAGCUGGCAGCCAAGGAGGCGAAGCUGCGGGACCUGGAGGACCAGCUGUCCCGCGAACGGGACACCAGCCGCCGGCUGCUGGCCGAGAAGGAGCGGGAGAUGGCGGACAUGCGGGCGAGGAUGCAGCAGCAGCUGGACGAGUACCAGGAGCUGCUGGACAUCAAGCUGGCGCUGGACAUGGAGAUCCACGCCUACCGCAAGCUGCUGGAGGGCGAGGAGGAGAGGCUCCGCCUGUCCCCCAGCCCCACCUCGCAGCGCAGCCGCGGCCGCGCCGCCUCGCACUCCUCGUCCCAGUCCCAUGGCGGCGGCGGGGGCAGCAUCACCAAGAAGCGCAAGCUGGAGGCCGCCGAGAGCCGCAGCAGCUUCUCGCAGCACGCCCGCACCAGCGGCCGCGUGGCCGUGGAGGAGGUGGACGAGGAGGGCAAGUUCGUGCGGCUGCGCAACAAGUCCAACGAGGACCAGUCCAUGGGCAACUGGCAGAUCAAGCGCCAGAACGGAGAUGACCCCCUGCUGUCCUACCGCUUCCCGCCCAAGUUCACCCUGAAGGCCGGGCAGGUGGUGACGAUCUGGGCUGCCGGCGCGGGGGCCACCCACAGCCCCCCGACCGACCUGGUGUGGAAGGCGCAGAACACCUGGGGCUGCGGGAACAGCCUGCGCACCGCGCUCAUCAACUCCAACGGCGAGGAGGUGGCCAUGCGCAAGCUGGUGCGCUCCGUGACCGUGGUGGAGGACGACGACGACGAGGACGGAGACGACAUGCUCCAUCACCACCACGGAACCCACUGCAGCGGCUCGGGGGACCCCGCCGAGUACAACCUGCGCUCCCGCACGGUGCUGUGUGGGACGUGCGGGCAGCCGGCCGAUAAGGCGCAGGCCGGCGGCGCCGGAGCCCCGGUGGGCGGAUCCAUCUCCUCUGGCUCCUCCUCCUCCAGCGUCACGGUCACCCGCAGCUACCGCAGUGUGGGGGGCAGUGGGGGUGGCGGCUUCGGGGACAGCCUGGUCGCCCGCUCCUACGUCCUGGGCAACUCCAGUCCCCGGACCCAGGCCGCCCAGAACUGCAGCAUCAUACAAGAGAUGGGAAUGAGGUGA